AGUGAUAUUAUCCCUAAUAAAAAACUCAGUCCAACCAAAAGGAGCCGGGAAAAAGAAAAAAAAAAAGAAUGAAAGAAGAAAACAAAAUUCAAAAAUGCCGCGACUUGUGAACAGAUACAACCCUAAUCACCCAAAGCACCAACCAUUUCAAGUCUUGAACUAGCAAAACGGAGAUGGAAUUCAAAUGCUCCGAUGUUAGUCUGUGGAAAGAGGCUCUCUCCUCUUACAACGCUCACAUCCGAUCCCUCAACAAACAGAAACCGAACCUUCUCUCUCUUGACGACUUCUAUCAAAACCAACUCCCUCCUCUCAUCCGCCAACGAAACCCUAAUCCCUACAUCACCAAACCCGACCUCUCCAAACUCAUGCAAUGGAAGCUCACCCGAGGAAAAUGGAGGCCGAGGUUAUUGGAUUUCGUUUCCUCCCUGGACGAAACCGUAGUGGAAUCUGCCUCUCAGAAAGCAUUUCAGUCUCUACCUGACAUCUCCAAGGCUGUUUCCGAGCUUACGGUCUUGAAAGGGGUUGGUCCGGCCACGGCCUCCGCCGUUCUGGCCGCAUACGCGCCUGAUGUUGCACCUUUCAUGUCUGAUGAGGCUAUGUUGGCGGCUCUUGGUAAUUCAAAAGACUAUACAUUGAAGCAGUAUCUUGUAUUUGUAGAUAAACUACAGGCGAAAGCAAAGUUUUAAAUACCAGACGGAGUAUUGACCCAUACUUUUUGGAGAUAUACUUAUGCAUUUACUCUCCGGAGGAAAGUUCUUCUCAACCGGGAGGGAAUGAUGAAGAACCGGGCCUGGCCCGAGAACUUGAAGUCCAUACGGCCCAUGCCUAUUAUUGGAGACAGGGGAAAGAAGAUAGAAUUAGGGAUUUUUUUUUAUUUAUUAUUAUUAUGGGAUAUUUAAGCAAUUUAGGGUUUUAUAUAUGGUAAUAUGUUGAUUAGGGUUUUCUUUGAUUUCUAUUUAUAUUUUGUUUCAGGCCUUGGGAAAGUUAGCUUUUGAUGAUUAUUAUUGAUAUUGAAAUUUGAGAUUAUCGUGAUUUCUU